AUGCCCACAAGUACACCCACAGCCCUUAAGUGCAGGAUGGACAGCCUUACCUGUGAACUAAGAUGGACUUAUGACAAGGACCCUCAAGAGGCUGGGAGAAAGGCGAGAGGUGGAGGUAAUAAGCUCGAACUGAUGUUCCAGAAAGCUGACUCUGAUCUGGAUUAUAUUCAGUACAGGUUGGAAUAAGAAAUCAAGACAAAUUAGCCUGAUUCAGGGGGUCAGAAAAAUCCAGUUACAGUCUUAAAGGAAUUGUCAGUGAUAAAGUCUCCCUAUCAAACCUUAUAUGCUCGUUUUAAACCAGCUGCUAUUGAGCAGAAAGAGACUAAGAGCCACAUUUAUGCUACUUUGAAUAAGACUAUGACCACGAUACAAGAACGACAAAAGCAAACAGAGCUGAAACUGGCACCACUGAUGGAGGAAGAGAAAACUGUGACAGAGCAAUUAAAAUCUCACAUAACAGACUGA